GUAUGAACCAACUUUGUCGUGCUGUUCCAUCUCUUCGUUCCGCUGUCAGAUUGGCCUCAUCUGGUCGUCUAUACACGAAGAAACAUGAAUGGGUGCUCGUAGAGAACGGUGUUGGAACCGUUGGAAUUACGGACUUUGCAACGGAACAACUCGGAGAUGUCGUCUUCAUUGAGCUGCCGGAUGAGGGAACUGAAAUUUCAAAAGGAGACUCAACUGGAGCUGUUGAGAGUGUGAAAGCCGCUUCUGACAUUUAUGCACCAAUCUCUGGAACUGUAACCCAGAAAAAUGUGAAAUUGGAGGAAGAAGCCGGUCUGAUCAACAAGAGUCCAUUCGAAAAGGGAUGGUUGUACAAAUUGAAAGUUAAGUCAGCAGACGAGCUGGAAAAACUUCUUAACGAGGAACAGUAUGCAAAGUUCAAGAAGGACGAAGAAGCUGCCCACUAAACAAACACCUUUAAUCUCUGUAUUAUAGUUAUAACAUUCUGGUACUGGUAUUCAUAUUGAAUUCGUUUAGGUCAGAGUAUAAUGUAUUUCUUUUGAUAUUUAUUUUUUAUUGUUAAUUAAACAAUUGUUUAGAAA